GCUUCCCGCCAUUUCCCAACGUUUGCUUUGGGCGCGGGGAGGAGCGUCGAGCGCCGAGCGCCGAGCGUCGAGGGAGACCGUCGCCGCCCGUUCUCUUGAGAAUCGCAGCAUUUCUUAGAGCAGCAGAUUUUGAGUGGUGCGAUGGCGGAGGCCCCAAUUCGCUCGCCCCCGGCUUCCCAAGGUUCAGGACGCUUGGGCAUUCUCGUUCUUUGUUGACGAAGGCUGUUCUUUCCUCUCAUUGGGUCACAGGUGCGAAGAGGUCUGUGAGGAAUGUAGGUCCGUCGUUGGUGGUUCGUGAAAAGGCGCAAGGUUGUAGAUUUCGCUGGAGGCCCUGAUCGUGGUAGGAUUUGGCGGGAUUCGGACAGAGGAGGGUAUGCAGUCGAGUGGCUGAAUGCUUCCAAAAACUGGCCGUGCACCUUGGGAAUUCUGAUCUCUGAAUUGUGUUUUCACUUGCGAGCGAGAUAAGUUUGGGCAGCACAGGAUUGCUGUAUUCUACCAAAUUGGAGCUUGUGAAGUGGUUUCGAUACCUAUAUUCAGGAGGCAAUGGCAUAAGCUGGAGUACUGACAGGGUUCGAUGACUCCUAGGACCUUCACGAAGCUGCUGCGCCACUGAACGGAACUUGCUCGAGCUAGUCAGAAUCUGGACCUACCUCGAAACUGAUAUCUGCUGUACUGUGUAAAUAAAAAGUGGCAAGAUGUUGUGGGUUGACAAGUACCGCCCCCACACGCUCGACAAGGUUAUGGUGCACGUGCAGGAAGCACAGCAUCUUAAGAAUCUGAUUGCUCAAGGUGAUUGUCCCCAUCUCUUAUUUUAUGGUCCGUCAGGAGCUGGGAAGAAGACCUUGAUUAUGGCUCUCCUUCGAGAAAUGUAUGGAAUAGGUGCCGAGAAGGUGAAGGUGGAAAACAAGCCGUGGAAAGUGGAGGCUGGUAAUAGAAAGCUGGAGAUAGACUUGACGACAGUUUCCAGCAAUUACCAUGUAGAAUUCAGUCCUAGUGAUGCGGGUUUCCAAGAUCGCUAUGUUGUUCAAGAAAUUAUCAAGGAAAUGGCUAAGAGCAGGCCUCUUGAUGUUUCAGGAACGAAGGGCUUCAAAGUUCUCGUUUUGAACGAGGUUGACAAGCUUUCAAGAGAAGCUCAGCAUUCGCUUAGGCGGACGAUGGAGAAAUAUAGUUCGGCGUGUAGAUUGAUUUUGUGCUGCAACAGUGCAUCUAAAGUUAUCGAGGCUAUUCGCUCCAGGUGCUUGAACAUUCGCAUCAGUGCACCGACGAAGGAAGAGAUUGUGGCCGUGAUGCAACAUGUAGCUAAAAAGGAGAAUCUGCAGUUGCCCAUGGGUUUGGCUGGGCGGAUAGCCUUGCUUUCCAACAGAAAUUUGCGGGCAGCUCUUCUCUCAUUCGAAGCAUGUUAUGUCCAACAAUAUCCUUUCUCUGAAAACCAGGCAGUGCAGGCAACAGACUGGGAACAGUACGUCACGGAGAUUGCCAAUGACAUAGUUACUGAGCAAAGUCCUAAAAGGUUGUUCCAAGUUAGAGGAAAGCUUUAUGAAUUGCUUUCCAACUGCAUACCUCCAGAAAUUAUACUGAAGAGGUUGUUGGUAGAACUGAUGAGGAAACUGGAUUCAGAGCUCAAGCGGGAAGUUUGUCAUUGGGCUGCUUAUUAUGAGCACAGAAUGCAGCUUGGACAGAAAGCCAUUUUUCAUUUAGAAGCUUUCGUCGCCAAGUUUAUGAGUAUCUACAAGAGGUUUCUGAUUGCCACCUUUGGAUAGAAGAACCUCUUCCUCUGAAGCUUCGGACACAUAUAUCAAAAGGCUCUUAAUUUGACUUGAGCGUGAAGUCGAAUCCUGGAUCGACCGACCUGUAGUCAGUUUCAACUUUUGGACCAACGAUUUUUGAUAGGAUGUCUUGUAAAGAGUUCCGGACGGACAUAGUGUUUUCCAUAAAAACCUCCAGAGCCAGAGUUUGAAUGCACUUCUGGUGGGAGUGAAGGUACUCGCACAACAGGUUGACGGCCGGAUGUUUGAUUUUAACAUGUCUGCAAAUCAGGUCAUGUACUUGGGAGUGCACGUGUCAAUAGCCAACAGGUUUAUGGAUCUUUCUAUCCACGGUCUCGAAGCGCCGUCCUCCUGAAUUAUAGAUCAUUGUAUCCGACUGCUCGGCAUGACUUGUAUGAGCAACAUUCAUGUGCUCUUUGUUCCUGAAAAGCGUAUAAUAUGAACGGUUUAUACGUUUGUAAUAUUUUCAUCC